UCGCGGCAAACGAAGCAUCAACUAUUUCAACAAUGCUGAUAUACCUCACUGUUUUGGCAUUUACUUUGGCCGUGCUAUGGGUGCGCAAGCGUUACUCAUACUGGAAGGAGCGUGGCAUCCCGUAUUUGGAACCAAGCUUCCCGGCCGGCAACAUUCGUGAAUUAGGACGGACGGAGCAUAUUUCGGCACUGAUGCAGCGUUGGUACAAGGAACUGAAAGGGAAAUCCCCGAUCGGAGGUUUAUUUUUCUUGUUAAAUCCUGUUGCGCUGGUAAUGGACUUGGAUUUAAUCAAAACUGUGUUAGUGAAAGAUUUUCAAUAUUUCCAUGAUCGAUCAGUGUACUAUAAUGAAAAGGACGACCCCUUGUCAGCUCAUCUGUUCACUAUGGAGGGUACUAAGUGGAAAAAUUUGAGAGCCAAGCUGACACCAACGUUCACUUCAGGAAAGAUGAAGAUGAUGUAUCCAACCAUCACAAGAGUGGCCGACGAAUUUCAAAAGUUAAUGACAGCUGUAGUUUCUGAGAAUAAUGAAAUCGAGAUGAAGGAGAUUCUUGCACGAUUUACGACCGACGUUAUUGGAAAUUGUGCAUUCGGAUUGGAAUGUAACAGUCUGCACGACCCAGAGGCUGAGUUCAGGCGCAUGGGAAGAAAAAUAUUUACGUUUGCGAAUGGCCAAUUCAUUAAAGGUUUCAUCGCACAACAGUUCCGUUCGUUGGCUCGAUUACUUCACAUAGCUGUAACUGAUAAAGAAGUAUCUGACUUUUUCAUCGGUGCUGUUAAAGAUACGGUCAAGUAUCGGGAAGAGAACAAAAUUGAAAGGAAUGAUUUUAUGAGUCUGCUACUGAAACUCAAAAACGCAGAAUCUUUGGAAGAUGGUAAUGAUGCCCACAAAAUUGAUCCAUUGACUGUCGAGGAAAUUGCUGCACAGGCGUUUGUGUUCUUCUUGGCUGGCUUCGAAACGUCAUCCACAGCAAUGUCCUAUUGCCUGUACGAGUUGGCUCAAAACAUCGACCUUCAAAACAAGGCGCGGAAAUGCGUUGAGGACGCUUUCAAAAAACAUGGUUCAGUGUCAUACGAGGCAAUACAAGAUAUGCAUUAUAUCGAUCAGUGCAUCAACGAAUCACUUCGUAAAUACCCUCCCAUUCCAACCGUAAUAAGAACGGUAUCCAAGGAUUACAAGCUACCCAAUAGUGACGUUGUACUGCAGCAAGGCUCCUCGAUUGUUGUGCCGGUAUACGCCAUCCAGCACGAUCCCGAGUACUACACCGAUCCGGAACGAUACGAUCCGGAUCGCUUCACGCCGGAUCAGGUGGCCAAACGGAAUCCGUACACAUUCUUGCCGUUCGGUGAAGGUCCUCGAAUAUGCAUCGGCAUGCGAUUCGGCAUUAUGCAAGCUCGCGUCGGUUUGGCGUAUUUGUUAAAAGAUUUCCGAUUCACCUUGUCGAGCAAGACACUGGUCCCGGUGAAAAUCACUCCAGGCAGCCCAAUUCUCGCAUCGGAAGGGGGACUGUGGUUACACGUGGAGAAGCUGUGAGGGCAUUGACGAGGUGUCGAUAGGUUGAAUGCUACCGGGCUGAAUAUAAUUAUUGCUCACAGUUCAAUAUGAAGAUAAUACUAAUAUGUGAGGUUAAGAUAUUGCUGUUAUUGAAUAUCACCAAGCAUCUUUCCUUGAAAUAGAU